AUGGGUGGGGUACUUGGUUUGAUACAGAUUGAUCAAUCAACAGUAGCCAUCAAGGAGACUUUUGGGAAGUUUGAUGCGAUCCUGCAACCUGGAUGCCACUGCUUGCCAUGGUGCCUAGGGCAGCAGAUUGCUGGAUAUCUUUCUCUGCGUGUGCAGCAGCUUGACGUCCGAUGCGAAACCAAGACCAAGGAUAAUGUCUUUGUCAACGUUGUGGCAUCUGUGCAGUACCGUGCUCUUGCUGACAAGGCAUCUGAUGCCUUUUACAGGCUUAGCAACACCAGGGAGCAAAUCCAGUCCUAUGUCUUUGAUGUGAUCAGGGCUAGCGUUCCAAAGAUGAACUUGGAUGAUGUAUUUGAGCAGAAGAAUGAAAUAGCAAGGGCUGUGGAGGAUGAGCUUGAAAAGGCAAUGUCUGCCUACGGGUACGAGAUUGUGCAAACUCUGAUUGUUGAUAUUGAGCCAGAUGAACAUGUGAAGAGAGCCAUGAAUGAGAUCAAUGCAGGCAUGAUAACUACCAUGCUGAAGAUAGCCAAAUGGUAUGGCCGUGAGGGAUUGACUGCUAGGAUGAGGUUGGCAGCCACUGAGAAAGCCGAGGCGGAAAAGAUUCUGCAGAUCAAGAGGGCUGAAGGUGAGGCAGAAUCGAAAUACUUGGCUGGUGUGGGUAUUGCAAGGCAGCGCCAGGCCAUAGUGGACGGGCUGAGAGACAGUGUUCUCGCCUUCUCUGAGAAUGUGCCUGGGACCUCUUCGAAGGAUGUCAUGGAUAUGGUUUUGGUGACCCAGUACUUCGAUACCAUGAAGGACAUUGGGGCCUCUUCCAAGUCUUCAGCAGUGUUCAUCCCUCACGGGCCUGGCGCUGUCAAAGACAUCGCUUCGCAGAUACGAGAUGGUCAGCUCCAGGGCAGGAUGGUUUGA